CUGCUGUCAUCCAUGAUUCGGAGUAAUGUUUCCCAAUUUCAACCACUUGGUUUGCUCUUCCUCUCCACUUGGUUCUCGGGACCAACCUGCGCCACGCCAACCACCACCAACAAAAGGACAACCAAGCAGAAUUCAGGUGACUUGUUCGUGUGGGAGUUUGCGGGACGCUCCCUCACUCUCCUUGAGCGUCCCCGGCUCGACAUACUCCGAUGGGCGGGACUCCCUAUCAAUCUCGGGGAUGCACCUCCUGCAGAUAGCGGAGGAUCAGAGCAUUGCGACCUUGCAAAGCCCGAGUUUUCACGAUGCGUCAAGAGGGGCACGCGAUGUCUGGGCUAUGAGACAAAUCGGCAUUUCCUAUACCCUGGCGUCGAUGCUUCCGGCACAAGCAAGAGGCCCGUUACCCAGCUGCUCGGGCAGCUAAAACCGCUCGCACUCCCGGCGCCUCUGAAUCUGGGCACUGAAGCUCGAACCCAGCUCUUCUCCACAUUUUUGAACACUUUCUUUGCGUCCGACACCGAUCUCGAUGAUCUCAACGCAAGGGAUGAUAGCUGGUACUUUCUCAUGGCGCGGUUUCCGUCUCUAGCCGGCGAGUCGGCGCUGCUGGACAGGUCCAUCAUGGCCCUCGUGUGCGCAUUUUUGGGGAAGCAAGCCAACGACCUCCCGCUGAUGAAUGACGGCGGGGAAUUGUAUAGCGAGGCGCUAAGAGUGAUGGCAUGGAUACUUCGCCAGAAGCUUCCUCCGACGCCUCAUCUAUUUUACGCGACCAUCGUCUUCCACACCUACGAGGUGUUACUCCAGCACUGUCUCGAUCUGGCAGAGAGGCUGCGCACAUGUUCGCCUGAUGGGUUGAGCGAAAACUGCUCCUCAGAGACUCGACCUUCUGCGCCCUGGGAACGCACCAUGCUGCGACCUGCCAAUUCACAGCCCCUACCGUGGUCGGAGGAUGACCUCGCCGACCCGCCACUGUACCAAUUCACCAGCCUAGCCACAGCCAAAACCCAUCUACUCUUCUGGAUCGUGGCAUUGACGAUCCGCAGACGCAUUUACCACACCGUGACGCUGUGCCAGGAAGGUAAGGAACCGACGCCCGGUGCCGUUAUGCUGACAUUGCUGCGCGCGCCAGCCCGCGAAAUCCGCCGCACGGUGGCCUAUCACCUGCAGCCGAGAAAUCUGAUGUCCUCCGCGCAUGUCCUUCUAUUCGCAGUGGCUGUGGUGUCAAAGUGCUACCUUGACCGUUGCGACGAGGCGGGCUUUGCGUGGUGCCAGAACAUUUACCGGAUCCUUCAGUCGCGGGGGUGGGAGGUGGCCGGGCGUCUUGGUGACGCGGACCGGGAACUGUGGGCAUGCACGCACCUGGCCACAGAAGAGGACGUGGAAUUCAGUUCCCCUACCCAUGCCGAGCUGUAUCGUCGAGUUGUACAUACAAUCCCUGGGAAUUGCAGUGAGGAUAAUGAUCAUGAGAAUCAGGAGGAUUGGCUAGACUACCCUUUUCGCUAUGCUUCUGUUUGGUACCAUAGCGCUUACGUAUUUCUUUUACCAUGA